AUGGAUAGUUCCUUGGCUGUUAAGUGCACUCAUUGUGGACAAGGUUUCAUGUUUCGUAUUAAUCAAUGUAUGAGCUAUGCUCAUUUGUUUGAAUACAUUUGUGAACGCUUCAAAUUUUCUGCAACUGAUGAUAGCUGCUCUAGUAUUGUGGAUGAAGAUGAUUACCUCACUGAGGCAUUUAGGACUGAAGUUCAAAAGUCUUACUUGUCAAAUGAGUGGGCUAGUUACAAUCAAUAUGUAGGGCAGAAAUUUCGUGGCAGUUCCCCUGAGUUUCGAGACAAGCUCAGAAAGUAUGUUAUUGAAGUUGGGUUCAGCUUUGUGUUUAUUAGAAAUGAUUGGGACAGAAUUCAUGCGGUUUGUUCCAAUUGGGGAACCGAAGGAUGUGAGUGGAACGUCUGUGGUUAUGUAUUGCCUGCAAAUGGAUGCUUUAUUAUUGGUGAGUUGGACAAUGUCCACUCUUGCAAAGGUGUUCUUCGAAAGCAAAAACAUGAGCUUUUGGGAUCGAAAAUUGUCAAGACAUGUAUUGAAAAGGACAUUAGCUAUAACUUGUCAUUGAAGCCGACGAAAAUUAUCAGCAAGUUCAAGUCAGCUUAUGGGUUUGAUAUAUCGUACAAGGUUGCUUGGAAAGCAAAGCAAAAGGCUAGGGAAAUGAUUUACGGUUCUGAGGCUGAUUCGUUUAACAUGCUAACUUGGUAUAGGGAAGUUGUGUUUGAGACUAACCCGGGAUCUUCUUUUGUUUUGGAAGUUGAUCCAUUGAGUAAUCGGUUUCAGAGGCUUUUCCUAGCUUAUGCAGGCUGCAUUCAAGGCUUUGAAUUUUGUCUUCCCGUGUUGUAUGUCGAUGGCACUUUUGGGAAGAGUGUCUACAAGGGGCAGAUUCUUUGUGCAACCGGAAAGAAUGGAAACCAUGGUUUCUUUCCUCUUGCAAUGUGUGUCUGUGAUUCUGAGACAGAUGCUAAUUGGUCCUUUUUCUUCAAACACUUGAAGAGCUUGCUGGAACCUCAUGGUAGAGUGAUUACGUUUAUUAGUGAUCGAGGUGUUGGACUGUUGAGUGCUUUUGAUAAGAUAUUUCCUGGUAAUCAUCAUCUUUUCUGUUACAAGCACUUGGCGCAUAACCUUAUGAGUAAAUACAACGGUAAAUGGUCUUCUGUUUUGAAAGAUGAUGUUAAAAAGAAGUUUUUUGAGUUGGCAUAUUCAUGUACUGAAAAGGAAUAUCGUUUCCAUUUAAGAGAGUUGAGAGAAGUUGGUGGCGCUGAUAUUAUAGAUGCAUUUCUUGUUGAUAUGCCUCUUGAAAAUUGGUGCCGUGCAUUUUUCCCUAGAUGCCGUUAUGGAAUUAUGGCUAAUAGUAUAGCUGAAUCUUUUAAUGCUUGGUUUGCUGUUGAGCAUGAGAUGCCAAUUUACACUAUGCUUGAUCAAACUCGGAUUAAGGUGAUGCAGAUGAUGGGUGAAAGGAGAGACGAAGCUCAGGUUUGGACAUCACAACUUACUCCUGUUAUGGAGGAUCGUUUGAAAGAAGGUAUGGAGAAAGCUUGCUGUUUCAAUGUGCAUUACUCCCAUACAAAUAUUUAUGAGCAUUUUCAUGUUGAUUAUUACAAGAAGUGCUAUGAUUUUCCAAUUUAUCCAAUAUCUAAUGUUGAUAUGGCUUCUUCGGAAUCUGCAAGCAAUGACUUCAUACUUCCUCCGAACACAAAGAGGCCGCCCGAGAGGCCUAGGCUCAAGAGGUUCAAGUCUAGAGGAGAGUGUGAAAAGAAGCUCAUUCGUUGCGGCCAAUGUGGCAAAAUGGGCCAGCAUAACAAGAAGACCUGCACUAAACCUAUUUAA